AAAGUGUUGGUGAUAGGCCUGCCUCGAGGAAAGCGCGUAGUCUGUCUCAUUGCACGCGCCCGCCCAAGACAUGCCCGUAAUCGCGUCGUGAAUGUGGAUCGUCACAGCCUUGAAAGGACACCGUUUGUUUCCCUCGUCAUGCCUCGCGAUAUGGCUCACUUCUCAAUACAUCGUUUCUGAUGGAUGACCAUCGUGUUGACGGCGGCGCGUUAUCAUCUUCAUUACACAUACCCACACGCAAUCACAUUGCGAUUCCAAGACUUCCAACCCCACAUGCCCCACCUCGAACACGGCACAAGUCAUGGCCGGAACGAUAAGAGUCGAGGAAACAAUCACGACGGGCGGACGACCUGAAUGAGAAGUAUUCCAGGACACGCAUCUUUCAACAGCACAAGAACACAUCCUUCCUCGACGAAAAGAUGGCUUCUCACUCACACGACCACCAACACUCCCAUGAGGGACACGCGAGCCAUUCCCACGCCGCAGGCGGCGACCACGGUCACACACAUGAGAUUCUCGACGGACCGGGCUCAUUCCUCGGCCGCGAGAUGCCCAUCGUCGAAGGCAGGAAUUUCGAGGAACGAGCAUUUACCGUCGGUAUCGGUGGACCUGUUGGUUCUGGAAAGACCGCAUUGAUGCUCGCCCUUUGCAUGGCAUUACGAGAGGAAUACAACAUCGCCGCCGUCACCAAUGACAUCUUCACGCGCGAAGACUGCGAGUUCCUCACGCGACACAAGGCACUACCAGCGGAGAGGAUCCGUGCCAUCGAGACGGGAGGCUGUCCUCACGCGGCUGUCCGUGAGGACAUCAGCGUCAACCUGGCGGCCUUGACCGACCUCCACCGAGAAUUCCGUACCCAGCUUCUACUGAUUGAAAGCGGCGGUGACAACCUCGCAGCCAACUAUUCACGGGAGUUGGCGGAUUUCAUCAUUUACGUGAUCGAUGUCAGCGGUGGAGAUAAGAUUCCACGAAAAGGCGGUCCGGGCAUUACCCAGAGUGACUUGUUGAUCGUCAACAAGACCGACCUGGCGGAAUUGAUCGGUGCUGACCUCGGCGUCAUGGAACGAGACGCGAGGAAGAUUCGCUUUCUAGCAUUGUUCCUUGCUGAUGUCCAAUGUGUUGCACACAGAGAGGGUGGCCCGACCAUUUUUGCGCAAGUCAAGCAUGGAAAGGGCAUGGACCAGAUCGUCGACUUGAUCCUGAGCGCAUGGAGAAGUAGCGGGGCCAGCACAGCAGCAGGGAGCGUCGGCGGUGGAACGAAGUGA